AUGUCUACGAAUUUCCCCCCCGUGGAGACAGAUGUUCCUCGUUUGCGUUUCCAGUUCCGAUCUAGCUGCGAACUUUUGCUUAAUUUGCUCCGGGAUACCGAAAUCUCCCUACCCUUCACUCCAGAACCACCUCUUACUCCAGUGUCCAACUUGACUCAAGGUUUCAGAAACGUCGGCGCUUUAGCAGGGGAUACACCAAGACGCCGUCUAGAUCUGUCCAACCUCAGUAACGGGGAAGAGGAAACUGCCUUCAACUUUAGCCAGUCUCCAAGAGCAUUGGAAGCUGGUCAGAAGGAUUCAACAGAACCACAGGAUAAUCUUAGAGACUCAAGGAGAGAGUGUGCGCAAUUGCUCCAGACCGAAGUACUGUGUAGCACGCCAGGCACCCCGGGUUGCAUCCACCAAAUUAAUUGGGAGAUCAACAGCCCUUCUAUGAACAAGGAGAAUGAGGGCAGCUUUUUUAAGUACCCAGGGUGGCAAGUGCCCAGGUCCUUGCUGUUCUGGAAGAGACCACCAGACUCCCAGCUGACUCGUUAUGCUGCAGCACUGGAAAGAGGGAGUCUGGAAGAGUAUGAGAUGAAGGAUCUUGGCAGUCCAAUUGCUGCGGGGGCAACACAUAGAAUGCCAGAGGCCUUGGAUGGCUUUCCAGAGCUCUGUCCUGAAGAGCUGGAAGAGACUGAGAAGCCACUUGCUGGCCACCUCUCCAGCAUGGCUGUCCUACUUUCUGGACCCCUUCUUUCCCAGGACAUCAAUGUCAGCGAGGCCUCCAUGAACAAGAACCGUCUCUUCCGAUCACCAUCACUGCCAGAAAAACUGAACAGGCCUGUGCUGAAGCAGACAGUCAAGAACCAUGGUGAUGAAACUCUCAUGAAGGUGAAGCAAAAACACAGCCCGAUCCAAGAACAGCCAGAUGGGGUUGUGCUUUUGAAAAAAACAACUUCCUUUUCUGACAUGGAGAUUGUCAGAGCACUUGACCAAGACUUUGGCCGCAGACAGCUAAUUGGAGAUUUCUCAAAUGUGUUUGCACUGCCAACUGUAAUGGGAAGGCAUCAGGACCUGAGAUAUAUCACCUCGCAAACUAUGGCUGCUCUGCUCCAUGAUCAGUUCCAGAGCCUUAUAGAGAAAUUCUGCAUCAUUGACUGCCGGUACCCCUAUGAGUAUCAUGGAGGGCACAUCAAGGGAGCAUUGAACAUCCACAGACAAGAUGAUCUCUUUGAGCAUUUCCUGAGGAAGCCCCUUCUCCCGUCAGCACCACAGAAGCGUCUUGUACUUAUCUUCCACUGUGAAUUCUCCUCUGAAAGAGGCCCCAAGAUGUGUCGUUAUUUGAGGGAAGAAGACAGAGCCAUGAAUGAGUAUCCUGCACUGCACUACCCUGAACUGUAUGUCCUUCAGGGUGGCUACAAGGACUUUUUUCUAGAGUACAAGGAGAUGUGUGAGCCACACAGUUACUGCCCCAUGCACCAUCAGGACUUCAAGGCAGAGAUGCUCAAGUUCCGUGUCAAAAGCAAGACACGGGCAGGAGAAUGGAAGAGAAGGGAUCAAAUUGCUCAUCUCAUGAAGCUGUGA